AUGUCGACCGUUCUGUCUACACUUCAAGCCGGGGGCCUUCGCGACCUACUGUCAACUGUGGGUUCGUUGGCGACGUGGAAAACCUUGGCCUUGAUUCUGGCCAUCGUCAACCUCAAGAACCUCCCAUUCGUUUGGCAUUUCCGCCUGUUGUACCAUUUCUUGGUCAACCUACGCUUGAAGCCUAGCGCUCCCUUCUUCCCCAAGGGCAAGGCUAUCGUGGAUGUGCAGGGCAAUCCCACACAUCCGGUCUUCGUGUCAUGUGGGAUCACGUCGCGGACUCCGCUGCUAGAGACGGACUAUAACAUGCACAAGUCCAACAGCACCUACUUUACAGACUUGGAUGUGUCGCGUACAGCACUCGUGAGCCGACUGUAUAGCCCCGGUGUCGGCCUCGUGAGCAAAGAACUCGAUAAGGAGUUCUCGGAAGCUGCUAAGAAGGAAGGCAAGCGUGCACCCAAGCGCAAGCCGAUCAUCAUCGUACUUGGAUCUGUAUACUGCAGCUUCAAGCGCGAGAUCAAGCCCUUCGAGCUGUACGAGGUGCAUUCCAAGGUCAUCUCGUGGGAUAAGAAGUGGAUGUACAUCCUAUCUUCUUUCAUGCGCCCGGCUAGCAGAGCCGGCGGCGAGAAGACAUUGCUCGCUACAGCUCUGAGCAAGUAUGUCGUGAAGAAAGGACGACUGACGGUUGCGCCGGAGCGCAUUCUACGCUUGGGCGGAUUCCUGCCCACGCCACCCGUCGGGGACCAGACCCUAAGCGUGGCAGACUCGUCAACAGAAGCCUCGGCGAUUGGCACCCCUGCCAGUGGUGAAGGGAUCACCGCUACUGGAGGCGUUGAUGGUUCGCUCGUACGGGAGGUUCUGAAGUUGAACGAUGAUCAAAUUCCCAGUCGCGAGGCUCUCGAGGAGCAGCAGAAGGCAAACUCAGACUCAUGGAGCACCGAUGAGUGGACAUGGGAACACAUCGAACAGGAGCGGUUACGAGGGCUGGCAGUUGUUGAGGGAUACAUCAACCUGGACGAGAAGCUAAAUGGGGAGUGGGCCUGA